CCAGCUUUGGGGGCCCCUCUGCCCUGAGAAACGCGAGGCUGGCGGAGCUGGGCUCCUGCCUGGGGCCCGCCGACCGACGCUAACCGGUCUCCUGCGUUCGUUGUGGAGAAAACGAGCCCUGCUUCAGGCGUUUGUUUUGAGACUUGGCUCACGCCUUAGUCCAGGCUGGACUCGAACCCCUGCCCUGGUUCCCAAAUGCUGGAAUUGAAGACGUUCACGUUCAUUUCUGUUGCCCCGACGCAGGAAGCCGAGAGCCUGGGAGAUGUGCUCACAGCUGUUAAAUAUUAGGGCCAAGCCUAACAGAUUCCUGGUUACUGUGUUGUUUUGUUGUUUUGUUUUAAGUGGAGCACAGUGGUUGGUGCCAGUAAUUUCUGGAGACUGACGUAGGAGUUCAAAGGUUGCGUAAACAACAGAGUAAAGACUGAAAAGUGCAACACAAAUUUCUAAAAGAGAAUCCUGGCUGGAUGAUUCACACCUAUCCUAUGAUCCCAGCACUUGAGAGGAGAGGCAGGAUGCAAUUUCAAGGCCAAACUGAGCUAUACAUGGACAAGCAUGUCUCAGUAAUGGCUAUGCAGAUGCAGCUUGAUGCAAAUGCAGAUACUUCAGUGGAAGAAGAAAGCUUCGGUCCACAACCUAUUUCACGGUUAGAGCAAUGUGGCGUAAAUGCCAAUGAUGUGAAGAAAUUAGAAGAAGCUGGUUUCCAUACGGUGGAGGCUGUUGCUUAUGCACCAAAGAAGGAACUAAUAAAUAUUAAGGGAAUUAGUGAAGCCAAAGCUGAGAAAAUUCUGACUGAGGCAGCAAAAUUAGUUCCAAUGGGUUUCACCACUGCAACUGAAUUUCACCAAAGACGGUCAGAAAUCAUACAGAUUACUACUGGCUCCAAAGAGCUUGACAAACUGCUUCAAGGUGGAAUUGAGACUGGAUCUAUCACAGAGAUGUUUGGAGAAUUCCGAACUGGGAAGACACAGAUCUGUCAUACAUUGGCUGUAACAUGCCAGCUUCCCAUUGAUCGUGGUGGAGGUGAAGGAAAGGCCAUGUACAUUGACACUGAGGGUACAUUUAGGCCAGAACGGCUGCUAGCAGUGGCUGAGAGAUACGGUCUCUCUGGCAGUGAUGUCCUAGAUAAUGUAGCUUAUGCUCGAGGGUUCAACACAGACCACCAAACCCAGCUCCUUUAUCAAGCAUCGGCUAUGAUGGUAGAAUCCAGGUACGCACUGCUCAUUGUAGACAGUGCUACUGCCCUCUACAGAACAGACUACUCGGGUCGCGGAGAGCUUUCAGCCAGGCAAAUGCAUUUGGCCAGAUUUCUGAGGAUGCUGCUGCGACUUGCUGAUGAGUUUGGUGUGGCCGUGGUAAUCACCAACCAGGUAGUAGCCCAAGUGGAUGGAGCAGCCAUGUUUGCUGCAGAUCCCAAAAAACCCAUUGGAGGAAACAUCAUUGCCCAUGCAUCGACAACCAGGCUGUACUUGAGGAAAGGAAGAGGGGAGACCAGAAUCUGCAAAAUCUACGACUCUCCCUGUCUUCCUGAAGCUGAAGCCAUGUUUGCCAUUAAUGCAGAUGGAGUGGGAGACGCCAAGGACUGAGUCAUCAGGGCCGUUUUUUCUGUGAUAAACUUUUAAAUGUUGUACAGUCUAAUGAAGAGGACAGCUCCCUGGGCUUCUUCAGGCUCUUCCUGAUGUGACUGCCAGGACGUGGCUUCCGGGAAAACAAUUAUUGUAUCUGCUUUCUGGUGGCAGAAACAGGAGACGAGUCUGAAUUCAAACUGAUCUGAAAUGUUCAUUUCUUAUAGUUUAUUUCUUAUAGAGUAUAUUAAUGUCUGAUUUCUUUGGUGUUUGGAGGAGAGAUAUGAAAUAACAGCUACCAGACAAUCUUAUGUUUUAAGAGAAGUAAAACUGGAAAGACCCGAGUCUUCUCUCACUUCUCAAUAAUGGUGAAAUAAAAUGCCUGAGAUAUGUGACGGGGAAUGGGUGCUUUCCACGUUCUUUUUCUCUACAUGUAAGAUGCAAAAUUUCAAAUUACAUGCCUGAACUCUCACAGAAUUUAAGAAAUGAUUGUGGUUAAGGAGUCUUGCAUGAGGCAUGCUAGCCUAUCAGUCCUAUAGUGCUUCUUGUUCUAGAGACAUUUAUCUAAAUUGUUCUGUUAUUAAUAAAAUCUCGGAGUCAGAUAUUGGGGUAAAAACCUGAUAAAUCAAAAAAGAGGCAGAAACCAGGCAUAGUGGCGCACACUUUUAAUCCCAGCAUUUGGGGGACAGGCAAGUGGAUCUCUGAGUUCAAGGCCAGCCUGGGCUACAGAGUGAGUUCUAGAACAGUGAGGGCUGCACAUCUGAGAAACCCUGCCUCAAAACAAACAAACAAACAAAAAAUAUCGGCAGAGGAACAACCAGUUGACCACAAUUCCCAGAUCAAAAAAGCCUAUGAAUCUUUCUAAGCCUCUCCCUAUUCCUUCCGGUCCAUCUCUGCAGAAUCCUGGGUCCUCCAAAAUCUCCAUGGCUAAUUUGGUCAGCUGGUGGCUGACUUCGCCUCCUGAUUCAGGGUUAACUAUAUUAGUAGCCUCAGAGUGUCACGGUGCAAUUAAAUAUCCCAAAACAUGUUCUCUUAAUUACUAAGACUUCACUUAAGCGAAUGGUUCUGCAGCUGUUAAUAAGGUAGUUGUGUGCAGUACAUGUGCUGUUUAUAGGAGUCCUUCAUGCCAACGGAGUGCUGCAAGAUAAGGUCCAUAGUCUUUCAGAACUGAGCAGUUAUGACCAAUUGCUGUAGUUGUAAGAUUUGAAAACUAAAGAAAGCCUACAUUCAAAUUGCUGCGCUUGUAUCCUUUGGCCUAGGAAUGAGAUUGCCAGGCUGAUUUACUAUGUCUUUCCUGUAGUCUUUGUUUUUAUUCUCUAAGUCUUGUGUUGCAGAGGCCUGACUUUGGCCAAAUGAUUCUUUUGGAAUAUUUUCAGAAAUUUCCUAUGGUCUCCUUUUGGGUUCUUGAGUCUAAUAAAGAAUUUCAAAACAGA